ACAGAUUGUGUCAGAAUUCGAAAACAAAUUGGAAAUGACGGUGAACCGGUGAAAAGGGACAAGAUUUUAGUGAUGGUUGCAUCAAUAAAUGGCUUUAUUAUUUUGUGUUUGAUUUCGACCGCUGCUUAUUUUAUUGGGUUGCUUUCAUUCUUUGCAGAUAAUGAAAAGGAUAAAUGCGACAUGACAUAUAUGUUCGAACUUCCACAGUAUGUGAGAAUUUCGAACAACUUUGACAAGAAAUUUCCCAAGUAUGGUUUAUAUUAUUAUGAUGAGGGUCCACCCCAUGGGAGCACCCCAAAAUUUUGGGGCAUACCUGUACUUUUCAUUCCAGGAAAUGCAGGGUCACAUAAACAAGUUAGAUCCUUAGCCAGUGUAGCUUUAAGGAAAUCUGUGAAUAAAAGAUUGCCAUACCACUUUGACUACUUUACUAUUGAUAUGAAUGAAGAACUGUCAGGUCUCAGCGGAGGUUUUUUAAAUGAUCAGUUGGAAUAUACUAACCAGUCAUUACAUUUUAUAUUGAAAUUGUACAAAAAUCAGAGGUUUCCACCUAAAGCUGUUGUGCUCAUUGGACACUCAAUGGGAGGAGUGAUUGCUAGAAAACUCGCCCAAAUGGCAUCUAGCCCUGUUCAAAUUGUGAUAACCCUAGCAUCACCUCAUAAAAGAUCUCCUAUAAUCCUUGAUGAAUACAUCAGUUCCUUUUAUGAACAUGUUUCAGAUCCUAUAAGAUCUGAUAUCACCUUUGUCAAUUUAGCUGGAGGUUUUAGUGAUUUGUUAGUACCUACCACCUUGACAGAUUCUAAGGAUAACAAUAGUAUAUAUGCUGUCACUACACAUAUUCCUUUAUCUUGGGCUCCUUCAGACCAUAAACAGAUUUUAUGGUGUAAACAGACAGUUCUUUCUCUUACAAGGAGUCUUUUUGAUAGCGUAGACCCAGUGAAGAGACAGAUUUCUGAAUCAAGUGAUUAUCGGAGGAGAAUAUUCGAACACCAUUUAUUACAACAUAGUGGGACCAAGGCUAAAUUGAGAGAGAGGUACUAUAAUCAAGUAGAUUUAGAAGCAGAUGCGGAGUGGAUCGAACAGUUGCCCAGACAGUAUAGUGUGAGGUUUUUGAAAGGAACAAAGAAGCUACAUUGGUAUAUGAUACGGAUAGUUAAUGAUCCAAAACACGAAAUAUUAACAUUAGUUGCUCUAAAUUUGGAAACUGUGGAUUGGGUGUAUGCAUGUAGGGCUUAUAUUCCGAGGAAAACAUAUAAAAUAUGUGAGAAUGGAAUACAUCUGACCCAUCUUUCAACAAUAGAUCCAUCGGCAAGAUACAAAAGAAGAUCGCUCACUAUAAAUUUGCAGGAUAUCAGGAAGAAUUAUUCUGAUGAAUUCACACAUGUUAUUUUCAAAGUUGCACCUACCCAAGAACCUCUAGUGUUCCACGUUGACAUUCACAAUUCUGAAGAGAGGAGAAUGGAAUUGAAGCUUCCAAGUUGGUCGAAUUUGUGGAGGAAAACUGUGAUCCAAGAAACAGCAGAAAAUGCUCUAAGAUACGAAAUCACUUUACCUGACUUAUCACAUGUGAUACAAUCCUUUUAUUUGUAUCUGAAACCAAUUAAAUGCGCCAAAGAAGCUCAUCAUGCCACAGUUACGCUCGUAGUGCCUUGGAGUAACGAAAAUAACCAUAAACAUUUCACGGAUGUGGAUAAGAGUCCUUUUCAUGUCCGACUCUAUAAUUCAAAGCCGAAUUUUACUGAAAAACCAGCAUUUUUGAGAUUUACACUUGACCCUACUUGUAGGUAUGAAAUCAGUAUUCAACGAUCUGUGAAAGGCACCCUUAAUCAAUUAGCUCGAUUUUACUCUCCCCUUUUAAUCGUCAAUAUAGCUACUGCGGUUCUGCUCAUUUUAAAGACUCAGCUACAAAGUCUGGGCAGCAAAAAAGGGUGUACAUCAUUUUUCGAAGCUCUGAAGACAGGAACUAAACCGUAUUAUGUACUUGGUUUAGCUAAACUUGGAAGUGCUGCCCUAAGUUCUACUGUGCUCUCUAAAAUUUUACCCUUUAAUAAAGGGUAUGACUUGAAAGAAGAGGGUACAGACUUCUUUCUGUUACCUUAUGUUAUGUACUUAAUAAGUAUUGGUAUAAUAUGGCUGUUUGCUUCUAUUAUCACCGUUUGGAUAACGUUUUGCGAAUCGACUAUACAUAAAUUCAUACUCAAGUUUUUGAUCAAAACUGUGCCCUUCACCAUAAUUUGGUCGGAAUAUAUGAUAUCAGCGUUACAAAAGGUACCUUACAUCGUCUCGGUUGCCAUAAUAUUCAUCAGUUUCAAAACUUGUGGAGGCUUGGCUUUAGGUUUGGGUACCAUCUUCUAUUUUCUGAAGUUGACUCAAAUGUCCCAAGACUUCAUCGAGGCUACCAUUUUUUCGCUCAUAAAAGGCUUCAUUUUGAAGUUUAGGAUGAAGGGGAAAAGUAAAUCGACUGAAGAAAAACAGAAGGAUGAAAUGAGGGACAAACCGAUUGAAUGUGGAGAUCAGUGCUCAAAAACCGAAGACAUAUCAAAAAAAAUCUGUUCUAUAUCUUCGAAUAACGAUGCGGACGAAUCUAGUGGAGAUACUUCGGAAAAUUCUACAACAAAUCGAAUAGAUGAAAAAGAUGAAGUGACUGAAACUAUUGGUCAUGUGGGAGAAAAUGACGCGGAUAAAAAUGUAGUUAAAUUCUCUCCCCCAAGCUCAAUAUCGUUUCACGGUGUCAUGUUUUUGAUUUGGGUGUUAACGACCAUUAUAAACACCCCAUCAGUUCUCACAUGGGCCAGGAACUACCAUUUCAGCUCGUCACUGGAACCUGAUCCUUCGUUUUUACCGGGUUUUCUACUGAGUUUGUGCACUUUAGCAUUGUGGCAGUUCGAAAUGCCCAACACAAAAAAGAUUUGGUACAAAGAAGUGAGCUAUAUAAUCAAUGCCAUCGCUGUGAUUGGCUUGAUUUACGCACCAAUUUAUAUUUAUAGGCUCAAUUAUCUCCUUUCUGCAACUGUAAUUGUUGUAGUUGCUCAUCAAAUAUUUGCUCCAGUUUUACCUGAUGACUCGAACCAGUCUGAAGAUGAGGACCGUAUCAAAUAUGAAAAUAUCAAAACAAAACUAGAAUGAACAGUAAUUUAUAUCUUAGGAGUAGAGAUCUCAGUAGUUUCGAAGAUGAAAGAAAGUAGUAGAUGAUUAUUUAAUAGUUUUAUAUAAUUGAGUUCUGAAUCAACUAAGGGAUUUAGGCCUUUGGCACUUGUCCCUUAAGUCGUUUAGAAGUGAAAAUGUGAGUAUAUUUACUAUUUUGAAUUUUUUACCUAGGAUCAUUAGGUACUUGUGAUAUUUCUUUGAAGUUUUAAAGUUUUCGGACGAAGAAAUCAUGAAAAAGUCGUCAAGGGAAGAAUUUUUCUAGUUUUUCUUCUUUUUGAAGUGCGUUUCUGCAUUUGGAGACGUUUUUUCCUAUUUAUUUUACUAUUUCAUAUUGUAUCGAGAUUAAAUGAUACAAAAUCAUUGGGAUUGUUCCGCAACUCAUGACAGCAAUAUCGAACAAUUCUCCAACAUGUUGGACUAGUAUAGGAAUGUUUUUUUGAGAUUACCUUUUGAUCAAAUGAAGAACUGAGACUGAAGUAAAGUUAAUAUCAAAAUAAAAUUGGACUUCUGUUGGCAAAAUUCGAAUUAAUUUUACAAACCAUUUUUUUGGUUCUACUUUCUGACUAAUUAUUUUUGCUGAAGAAAUAUCUUCUUCGUAUAGAUUAUCAUUCUUUGGUUAGAUUUUAGCUACUAUACUUUCGUUCACGCGCUCUUCGAAAUGUGUGUUUUUUUUUAUUUUAAAUAAUUUUAUCGUAGGAGUUCAAAAUAUCGUGUUUUUUUAAAUUGAUGCGAAUAUUGUAUGAAGGUGAAUGAAAGUUGAAUGACAUAUUUAUAAACAGUUACCUUCUUGUGAUAAAACUGUAUCCAUACUUACUGAUGUGCACAGUUGUACAAAUAAAAGACAAAGUGAUGAA